UGUACUGCACUCUGUCCAUUCUCUCCCCUAGUGUCAGCACCAUUCAGGCUGGAGCAGCAACAGGCUCUUCUGAUCCUAUGAAAAUCAUCCCGUGGUGACAGUGGGGGAAAGCUACUCUGAUUUUAAACUGUUCAAGCUCUUGAUAACUUGUUUAUUUGGGACUGGUCGACAUAUGUACCCCUCAAGCAGGAAGAGCAUUAUCAGCAUCCAAUUGGUUUCGAUCAGCUUUUGCUUGAAAAUCCUACAUACUAAGAUCUGGGUAUCUGUGACAGUCACCCGUGACAUCUGCUAGGGGUAGAGAGAGACCUCUCGCAGGAGAGCAGCCACCUAAAGAAAACCACGACCACACCCACCAUCAAGGACGAGGAAGAAAAAGGAGAUGGUCAUCCGAAUCAGACUGUCCCGAACAGGCCCACGAAACCAUGCACUCUACAACCUGGUAGCCAUCCAAGCGCCCAAGCGGAGGGAUGCCCAGCCGAUCGAGCAGCUCGGAGUAUUCAGUCCGAAUCCGAUCCUCAAAGUCAAGCCACCCUCGCUCAUCGAACUCGUCCACCAAGUCGAGCGGGCCCGAACCCUCAAGGAUCCCGCGGCCAUCCAGAGGAUCAAGGACGGACUCGCAAGUGGCGGCGAGAUCUCCUCCCGUAAAGAGAUCAGAUGGGACGUCGAUCGGAUCAGGUAUUGGCUCGGCGUCGGCGCACAACCCAGCCAGAGUGCUCUCAGAUUGCUUCAGGCCGGCGGAAUCGUCAACCAUCCUAGAGAUUUGAAACUCUUGAGAACUAAAACUACCUCCCGGGGCACCAAACCACGCAUCCCAUUGAGAGUCGCCAUCGCCUCAACUCGCAGAGGACCGCGCGGUAUCCUGUCAAGAUUCAGACGCAGAGGCUUGUUACCUCUGGGUACUAAGGUCCUAGAUAACGGAAAACUCAGGAUACCUCCAUCCGUUACAAAAACUGGCAAAGCAAUGAUGUUAGACCCGGAGAAAUGGGCCGAGAAACUCGAGAAGGGGGCCCAAGUGAUCCAAGCAACCCCGCACCGGAUCCUGCCCCCUCGGUGGACCAGUCCAACCCGGACAGCCCAGCAGACUACGCCCCCUAAAGCUAAGCCAGAUCCCGGAUGGUGGAAGGUCAAUCGGAGGAGGAGGGCCGCCGCUCUCGCUUUGACCGACCAACUCCCCAAACCUUUGGCUCCAACUAAAUCUUCUUCAUCUGUACCAAAAUCCGAUUAAUUUCUGGUUCAUUUUUUUUUCUUGUUUUUCUUUUAAAUUCAAAUAUAUAAGCAUUUUCACAUCAAUCUUUUAUUGUUGGCUUGUGGUGGUGAUCUCAGUUCUUACCCGCCGGCUUAGGGGGGAAAACUCUGUACAUCCAUGAAACCAGGCCUCACCCGCAGUUCGAGAGUCUUGUGUCAUAACUAUAGCUAACUAAUGGGCCUUGUAGCGGAUACAGAGUGGAAUAUGAUUGUUUACCUAGACACCAUA